GUUUUUGUAGUGUCCAGCAGAAAGGACGAUGCAAUUUGAUUUGAGACCUGUGCCUGUGCAGAAUAUUCAUUUAAGCACCAAUACAGCACCUUUACAUUGAAAAGAUGUGGCAGUGUAUGUAGUAUCGUCCCUGAUGCUUGUCACCUGCAACCUGCAGCCAAUCCUGCCAGAGGGGUGAGGCUCGCAGUAUUCUCCAUGACAGCGGAGGUACAAAAGGCCUUGGAGUCGCUUGACAGACUUGCCCAAGCAGAACAAGAUGCGCCUCCAUCUGCUACUCAGUGCCGUAAUGGAAUGAUAUGCCUUGUUCAUGCUCUUCAAAGAGAGGUGAACAAGACUGGGCUCACCUCUGGGUCUAUUUCUUCAAUAUCUCAGCGUGUUGUCCAGCUUAUGCAGCAGCACUUGGAAGACUCUGAGGUGCAACGCUGGGGCGCAGCAACUUUGGAAGAGCUUUUUCGAAGAACACCUGGACCUGGUCGCGCAGAUCAGGACACAGCUGCCUGGGCAAUGACUUUCCGCGAUGCUAUUUCAGCACUUGUUUCCGGCGCACAAGCAAGUCCAGCGGCAAUCGAUCUCCAGCGGCGCUGCUUCAGUGCUCUCAUUUGCUUGCUCACAACAGAUGAUGAAGACGAUGCCUUUGAUGGCAGCAUUCUUGCGAGCCAUAUGUUGGAGCAUGAGGUGAUGUCAUUGGUAGCAGGUGCGAUGCAGCUGCAUGCCUUGUCUCCGUCCUUGCUGGAGUGCGCUGUGUCCCUAAUCUCCAGCCUGGUGUUGGAAGGAGGCGACGUGGCUGCAGAUGAAGCAUUCCGAACUGGCUGUUUGAAGGCAACACUUUCCACUCUCGCGCGUACACUUGACAACUCUGAGAACGAUGAUCAAUGGCAGGGGUCUUGUCUCGUUGCGGAUGCGUCUUUACAGCAGACUUGCUUGCGAGCCCUUUGGUCUGUGUCAGAGUCUGGUGAGUUGGGAGUGACGGAGAUUGCAGCUGACACUGGGCUGGAGUCAGUCAUCUCCAUCCUUUCCCAAGACGGCACGGCAGAGGUGCACAAGUGGUGUGCUAGUGUGCUUCAGUCCAUGCUUGCGAAGGGAGGAAGCGAUGGACUUCUUGCUGAAUCUGUGAUGCUUUUGAACGGUUCAGAGGUGCUCGUUGCUUCGAUUGCACGCUAUGUUGAUCACCUCGAUGUGAUUGAACGAUGUGCAGCUGCUUUGGCCACUCUUGCGGCGUAUGGUCCUGAUGCAGCGGUUUCUGUAUUGGAAGCUGGAGGCCUCAGUGCAGUUGAAGAAGCUGCAGGUGUCUAUGGCUUGGAUGGAGACUUGGGUCAUUGGUAUCAUGCACUCCAGGAAGCAAUUGAGCAUUGUACAGAUAGUGAUGUCAGUCCAGCGCGGGAGGCUGAGACGACUGAAGACUCCAGCAGAAUAGGGCUUUAAUGGGCACCUGACACAUGAUUGUUUACAGCCGACACUUCCCGUCCAAAGUGACAAGCGACAAGUGGGGACAGGAAC